AUCGUCGUCUGUUUUUCUUCUGUCCCUCCUGCCUCCUUCCUGCCCCCGCCUGGUCCCUGGGCCCUCGUUUGUUGUGUGCUAUUUAUUUGUGCUGGCCUGCUGCUGCUGGGGACCAUAGCCUACAUCGUCGCAUCGUCUCUUCUUCUCCAUCUCUUCUCUCUCCCUUUCCUUUUGGUAAUCUUUCUUGACCUCGACCUCGAACGAUGGGAGGAUUCUUCACACGAGCCCCUUCUACCCCAAGUCCCACAGACGUUCCUCAGGACGACAACGACGACAGAAAUUCUAUCUCUGUCAGACCAGCGCCCGUCCCUGCCAAGGCACUAUCAACGCCCUUUCCGACACAAUGGCCUGCCACCGGAGCUGACGACAGCACUGCGACCUCAAAACUAGGCACUAGCGACAAUGCAGGUGCCAGGGACCAUAUAUCGUCACAAUCCUCAGCAACAGCAACGUCUUCAUCACCAAGGCUAGAGCAGAAUCCCCUGCCGCAUCUCCCCUUCGUGCCUUCACCUGAACAUAAUCCAGAUCUGAAGUGGGCACCCCGUUUCAGGGCCGAUCCGUCCAGCAUUCUUCUCGCCUAUCCACGCACCAAUGUGGAUCAUAUUCAUGAUUUUUAUCAGAUUUACAAUCCGCCGGAAAAGGGAUGGUGGAAUGUCGCGAGCACCAUGGUGAUGUGUGGAGUAGCAGCAGUAAGCAAGACAUUUAUGACAUUCGGCGCCUACACUGGAGUUUACAACAUGAACCCAUUCCUCAAAGUCCUUUACGAUCCUCACCGGACAAGACCGAUCCUCACAAUUACCAACCAUGCCUCGACUGCCGAUGACCCCCUGUUGUGGGGGGCGUUACCAUGGAAGUGUUUUUUUCACCCCACAAAGACCAUUCGAUAUGCAUUGGGAGCUCAAGAGCUUUGUUACCCCAAUAAACCCGUUGGAGCGUUCUUCAGAUUCGGACAAAUUGUACCGAUCAUUCGAGGCAACGGCAUCUAUCAGCCUGCUGUAGACAAGUCGAUCGAUCUGCUCAAGAGCGGCCGGUGGGUCCACAUUUUCCCAGAAGGAAAGAUCAACCAGUCGGACCAACUCAUCCGACUCAAGUGGGGCGUGGGCAGGAUAUUGAUGGAGUACGGAGGACCACCCAUCGCAGACGGAGGCAAGCCCAUGAGUGAGGCAGAGAUCCCGAUCGUAAUCCCGAUUUAUCAUCUAGGCAUGGAGGAUAUCCUGAGACUGUACCCGAACAACGACUCGCCCAUCUUCCCCAAGUUGGGCUUGCCCCUGACAAUCGUCUUUGGAGAGCCAAUUGAUUUUGGAACACUAAUGCAGGAGUACAAGGAGGGUAAGAUCCAGGAAGUCGAGGCGCGCGUCAAAAUAACAGAGAGAGUGUACGAGGCGCUGGACGAGCUGAAGAGAGUGGCACUGCGGUUACAGAAAGAGCAUGCUGAUGAGAUAGAGAAAGACAGGAUCAAGAAGGGCCGGUGGUGGUGGAUUAAACCUGCCGGAUGGGGUUGGUGGAGAUCGCCCGACAUGGAGCUGUAUCCGCAACAUAGAGAUGCCACAGUGAAGAUCGAGGAAAUUUAGACUAUCAACUUAGAGCAUACACCAAUAAUCAUUAGAACACGGCACCCAUAGUGCCGAAUCAUCAUAUCGCAAUCAAUUCUUUAUGCG